GAACCGAAUGUCCUCAGAGGAUCGGCAUCUAGGCUCCAGCUGCGGCUCUUUUAUCAAGACGGAGCCAUCCAGCCCUUCCUCGGGCAUUGAUGCCCUCAGCCACCACAGCCCCAGCGGCUCUUCGGACGCCAGCGGCGGCUUUGGCAUGGCCCUGGGCACUCACGCCAACGGUCUGGACUCGCCACCCAUGUUCACAGGUGCGGGGCUAGGAGGCACGCCAUGCCGCAAGAGCUAUGAGGACUGUGCCAGUGGUAUCCUGGAGGACUCGGCCAUCAAGUGCGAGUACAUGCUCAACGCCAUCCCCAAGCGGCUGUGCCUCGUUUGCGGGGACAUUGCCUCUGGCUAUCACUAUGGCGUGGCCUCCUGUGAGGCCUGCAAGGCCUUCUUCAAAAGAACCAUCCAAGGGAACAUCGAGUACAGCUGCCCGGCCACCAACGAAUGUGAGAUCACAAAACGGAGGCGCAAGUCCUGCCAGGCCUGCCGCUUCAUGAAAUGCCUCAAAGUAGGGAUGCUGAAGGAAGGUGUGCGUCUUGACCGAGUGCGUGGAGGCCGCCAGAAGUACAAGCGACGGCUAGACUCUGAGAGCAGCCCGUACCUGAGUUUACAGAUUUCUCCACCUGCUAAAAAACCAUUGACUAAGAUUGUCUCAUACCUGCUGGUGGCUGAGCCGGACAAGCUAUAUGCCAUGCCUCCCCCUGGCAUGCCUGAAGGGGACAUCAAGGCCCUAACCACUCUCUGUGACCUGGCAGACCGGGAACUUGUGGUCAUCAUUGGCUGGGCCAAGCACAUCCCAGGCUUCUCCAAUCUGUCACUGGGGGACCAGAUGAGCCUGCUGCAGAGCGCCUGGAUGGAGAUCCUCAUCCUGGGUAUUGUGUAUCGCUCAUUGCCCUAUGACGACAAGCUAGUGUACGCUGAGGACUACAUCAUGGAUGAGGAGCACUCGCGCCUGGCCGGGCUGCUGGAGCUCUACCGUGCCAUCCUGCAGCUGGUGCGCAGAUACAAGAAGCUCAAGGUGGAGAAAGAGGAGUUUGUGACGCUCAAGGCCCUGGCCUUGGCCAACUCAGAUUCCAUGUACAUAGAGGACCUGGAGGCCGUGCAGAAGCUACAGGACUUACUGCAUGAGGCGCUGCAGGACUACGAGCUGAGUCAACGCCACGAGGAGCCUCGGAGGACGGGCAAGCUGCUGCUGACGUUGCCCCUGCUGCGACAGACAGCCGCCAAGGCUGUGCAGCACUUCUACAGCGUGAAACUGCAGGGCAAGGUGCCCAUGCACAAACUCUUCCUGGAGAUGCUGGAGGCCAAAGCUUGGGCCAGGGCUGAUUCCUCUUAGGGCUGAUUUCCCUUAGGCCUGGAGGACACCAGAGGACACACCCCUCCCCCCACAAAGCCACCAAGAUGCAGUGUGUCCAUUUCUGGACCCCUCCCCAUCCACAGCCUGGGUGAACCAGUGCUCAGUGCCCAGGACUCCAGAGACUCAUAUCUGGUACUAACGGAGGUACUGUUCCCACAGUGGGCAGAGCCUGGGACAGGAGUGUUUUCAGAGGCCCUGCUUGCUCUGAGGUCCCUGUGGCCGCUCCUCAGGCCCCUCUCCUCAAUCCAGCUGGCUCCCUUCCCAUCCUCUUUUCCUCUGUGCCCUAGCACAUCUGGCUCCCAGUUGGUGCUCCUACCAGCCUACCAGUGGUCUCCACCCCCCUAAGAGGCUCUUUCCCUGCUUCCUUGCCCUA